ACCGAUCGAUUUUUGAUAUUGCGGCCGUGGAGUCUUUUCGAGAGCUGAUUCUGUUGAAAAGUAGUGUGUGUGCCAUUAUUUUAUACGCGAAAAAUUGUCCCUUCGUACAAAAAGGGUCAACUAUCGAUUUCUGCAUCAUAGUUUGAGUGCUGCAGCAGAAGAACCUUGAAAGUCUCGGAUUCUCGGACGAAUCUUCGAUCAUAGUGUGUUUGUUAUUUUCGUACUCGACCUGUGUCAAGCGCCAGCUAAAUUAACCAGAAAGUAGUAGCAAAAUGUCUACCGUCGACAAGGAGGAGCUGGUCCAGAAGGCCAAACUGGCCGAACAGUCGGAACGAUAUGACGAUAUGGCACAAGCGAUGAAAUCAGUGACAGAAACCGGAGUAGAACUAUCAAACGAAGAACGAAACCUGCUAUCCGUCGCUUACAAGAACGUCGUCGGUGCGCGAAGAUCGUCAUGGCGAGUAAUAUCGUCCAUCGAGCAAAAAACUGAAUCCUCUGCCCGCAAACAACAACUGGCCCGGGAGUACAGAGAACGAGUCGAAAAAGAACUUAGGGAAAUCUGUUACGAAGUAUUGGGCCUGCUGGACAAAUUCUUGAUCCCCAAAGCGAGUAAUCCAGAAAGUAAGGUCUUUUACCUCAAAAUGAAGGGCGAUUACUACAGAUACCUAGCCGAGGUAGCCACAGGAGAGACCCGUAACACCGUAGUAGACGAUUCCCAAGCCGCGUACCAGGAUGCCUUUGAAAUUAGUAAAGGCAAAAUGCAGCCAACACACCCCAUCCGAUUGGGUCUCGCGCUCAAUUUCUCAGUCUUCUAUUACGAGAUCCUAAACUCUCCCGACAAAGCCUGCCAGCUGGCGAAACAGGCGUUCGAUGACGCGAUUGCGGAACUGGACACACUGAACGAGGAUUCCUACAAAGACUCCACCCUGAUCAUGCAGCUGCUGAGGGAUAACCUUACUCUGUGGACCUCGGACACUCAAGGCGACGGCGAUGAACAACAGGAAGGUGGCGAUAAUUAACCAAACUAAAAUUAAUGAAACAAAAAAAAAACACACACACUUAAAUAUAAUAGAAAUUCCUUUUGACUAAUUAAUUAAAAACAAAAAGAAAAAACAGGACAAAGAAAGAGAGAAAGAAGGAAGAAAACAAAUGCAAAAAAAUUAUUUCUUUAUGAAAUUUGCUAAAAACACAACACUUUCUUUGUGCAGUGCAGAGACCUCUCGCGUGGCAAGCAAGCAAGAGACAGCGAGAGGAAGAGAAAAAGAGAAAACAAAAAUACAUGUUUGUAUGUAUGUUCUAUUUAUCUCCCCUUCCUGGUGAACCGUUUCCAUUUUGGAAGCAUCCGAAAAAUUGAAACUUCGUUAAUACACACAGUUUCACGUCACAGAACAAUUGUUGAGUUUUGUUUUUUUUUUUCUUUAUUAUGAAACAGGUCGCGAAAAAAAUCGUUAUCACCAAUCGAUAUUUUAAAACAGUCGUCAACGGAAUCUUUCGAAAAAAAAGAAGGUUAUCACAAUUGAAUUUUUUUGCUUUGGUUAAAUAAACCAGUUCGAAAUUACACAAGCGCUGCGAAGUUUUUUCAGAUUUGCUUUCUCAAUUUCACACAACCAAAAGAAAAAAGAACUGUUGCGGCGCAUUUCCAAUGCGGUUUCAGUUUUCCGUUUUUUUUCUGUGUUGAAAUUUUUCGGCUUUCGCAAUGUUUACUCAAAACAUAAUAUAAACCGAAUCGUAUUAUUCUAUGCCUCUGUGUCCCCUAAACCGAGAAAAAAAUAAUACUAAAAAAACCGAGGAGAAGAGAAAAAAACGCACUUCCAUAAAUGUAAAACAUCCCAUGAUUGAAGUUUUUUGUGAUUCACUCUGGAGCGCACGGUGAGGUGCCCAACCUGGGACGGGCAUUUGUGCAUUCCGCGUAUACAAUUUCCAUCCCUUUUUACCAGCAUAAAAACAAAACAAAAAAUCGUUAACUGUUGUAAUGGCAAAGAAUUAAGCAACACAAACAAGUCUUUUUACGCAUUCAACGCAUUCGAAAAGGAAGAGAAACUAACACAAAACAUCGUCUCCGAAGAAGAACAAAACAACAACAACAACACACGGAACAACAGCAGAAGGAAAAAAAGGAAAGGACACAAACAUCGUUCUUUCGAAACGAAACAGAAAAAAAUCAACAUCUCAUAUGGAAAUUAUUACUCUAAAAAACAACAUCAACAAAAGAGAAGAAAGAAGAGAAAAAAACGCGCAUAAUGUAAGAAAGUUUUUAUUAAAAGGCAGAAAAAAUUAAAAAAAUAUCCAACCUUUUUAAAAGGAAGAAACAUUUGGCUGAACACAUGCUUACUAUUAGCUAACACGUUCUGAGAGGAAGGAUUGUAAAAGAAGGAAUCUGUUUUUUUAAUUUAUGGCGUUCACAGAAAGUAAACACACACAUACACAGAGAGACACACUCACGAUUUUUCAUGUAUUAUAACAACAAACAACAGGCAAAAAAUAUGAAAAUCAGCUAAAUAAAACAGAACAACAUUAACUGUCCCGAUUAACUGGAGGAAAAUUUGCUUGUGAUAUCUCAAAAUUGACUCACACCCCCCACCGGGUAGUUCCGGCUUCCCCCCCAGGCAGGCAGUCGCUUUUUCGCUCAACGACAACGCGUCUCUCUCUCUCUCAAUUUGGGAUUGGCCAGACAGCAGAUUUGACAGAACUGAGAGAAUGGUUUCACCACAAAAGUUUUCUCCACCACCGUGUUGCGUGUUGCGUGUUGUCAAGGCAGCAGCAACAAACAAUCCAAGCAAACGGUGAGCAUUCAGCCUCCCUCCCCCGCCCCCUUCUCGAUGGUGUCCGUCGUGACUUGAGUGUAGAAUAUUGUGUGUGAUUAUUUGUGGUUAUAGAGUAAGAGAGCGGUUGAACAUCCUGAAACUUCCUCCGCAAUUGCAGAUACACACAAGCAAGCAAGUAAGCAAGUGAACGUAAACGUGUCCCGUAAUUGGCAACGUAAUUUGGUUCUAAAUAAUUGGUUUUUUAAUAAUCUCUGCUCGCAUCAUAGUCAACCACAGUGCAGCCAGUCAGCUACCCCUCCCACUAAGAAUGGUGGGCGUGGCCGGCGGUUAGUUCGAACCCAUGGUUCAAGUCAGAGACAGACACGCUGAUUGGUGCGCUGUUGACGCUAAGCUCGAUAUUAGAUACGCGAAAUAUACCGACGACUAGAGAUAUUUAAACAAUUUUAUUGUUCCUCGAUUUAAGGCUGCUUGGCCUGCUGUAGUGGCCAAGCUGGCUAUCGAAUAAAAGAAGGCAGUUUCAAGCUAUUUAUUUACAAUUUUUAAUGUCACUCGACUUAUUUUUUUUUGUUCUGUUUUGGAGAAUAACUAUCCACAGAAACACUAUAGCCAAGGUUUUAAUAGGUUCUCUCGACAUCCCUAGGCCGUAGGCCUAGGCAGGCAGAUUCAAUAGAUAGAACGCGCGCUUCACUCAAAGGUUAGAAGCGCACUCUCUGCUAUUAUUAUUCCUUCGCUCACCAGACACUGAAACAGAACGCUGACUACUUUAUAUUUACAACAAUCAGUGCUAUACCCAAAAAAGAAACAGAACCCGCAGAGCAGCAGCGUACAGCAAAAAAAAAACUAUACUAUAAUUUAAUUUAUUGAUUGCAUUAAAUCGCAAAACGUUUCAACAGUAUAGAAACAAAAAAGACGGCGCUAGUAACAUCAGCAAAAACAAAAAAAAAAUCCGAUCAGCUUAGGUCAAGCUUAGCUGAAACUCAAAAUACUUACAUUUCACAGAACAACCAACCAGGUAAAUGUAAUGAAACAAGAACAAACAAAGCAAAAAAAAAAAAAUAAAUGAGAAAGAGAAUCAAAAAAAAAUUACUCAUCUUCGUUUUUCGGUAAUAUCGCUGUUUCCAUUCAUUGGUUGUACCAUAUUAAGAAAACAAAAGAGGUAUUGUAUUUAAAAUCAAUUAAACAGCUCUAAACUGAAAAUAAAACCUUCAAUAAAGAGACAAAAA